AUGUACACAACCACUACUGUUGCCAUAGGUAGAGGACCAAUGAGUGGCGCUGGCGUUGGAUAUGGUGCGAACCGACAAGAAUUAACUAUCGUUGUUCCAUGGUCUCCUGAAUUUGGUGCUGCUUACCAACAAUUUGUUAAUGGUGGAUUUAACAACGCAGCCGGAGGUAUGGGUGGCCUAGGCGGUCUUAGCGGAGGUUUACCUAUGGGUGGUGGUAUGUCCAUGGGAGGAUUUGGUGGUAUGCCUAUGGGAGGAGGUCUAUCAAUGGGAGGAGGCUUACCCAUGGGAGGCGGUCUAUCAAUGGGAGGCUUUGGUGCUUCUCCAAUGGGAGGCUUUGGUGCUUCUCCGAUGGGAGGCUUUGGUGCUUCUCCGAUGGGAGGCUUUGGCGGUGCUUCUCCAAUGGGAGGCUUUGGUGGUGUUUCACCUAUGGGUGGUCUAGGCGGUGGUAAUCAAAUACAAGGUGUUCCUAUUGGAUUUGGUCAGUAUGGAAUAAAAAUUCUUAAACAAACACGCAUUUAUUUCUGUUACCCUCAACUUUGCUGUCGGCGUUCAAAUAUAGGAGACGCGUUUGUUUCGAAUACAUUUACCAAGAUUUCAAAUACAAUGCGAGCAUUAUUCAUUCUUCUUUCCAUUGGUUUACUUGUUACUUUAAUCCAUUAUUCAAAUGGGAAUCCGAUCGAAUCGUCUUUAUCGGCAAGUGAAGAAGACGACAGCGUAGAAUCGAAUGAAUCCCAUACUACAGCACCAUCAAUUGAUGAUGAAAGUGACGAAGAAAAAUUGCAUGUUGCCAUCAGCGAUGAAAACGAAGAUGUCAAACUUGCGAAAGCGCUUGAAUUUCUUAAAACAGUUCAACAAUCAGAAAGUGAUAGUAAUGAAAAACAAGCUGAUGAAGCAUCGGCUGACUCAAACGUUGCCAAAACUAACGAUCCAAAGAUCGAGAAAGAAAGCAGUGAAGAGUAA